CGUGAUUGGUCGAAACACCAUAUUAUGCAUGCCGGGUAUGACGUAGUUAGUGGGGCGAACUGUACCACGUGACCAGUUGGCCGCCAUGAUAGAUUGUCGUAAUGCGGGAGAGUAUCAUGGUUGAUUCCUGAACCGAAUGGCGGAUCGGUGUACGGAGCUGUAAAAUCACCUACACACUCAUAUCACUGACUUGAAAAAUGGAUGCUGACAGCGAUGAGGCCAAGGUUGAAAAUCCUGUCCUGAAUGGGGAUGUGGAAAACAGUGAUCCUGCCCAAGUCAAGAAAGGUGUGAAGACGGCAGGUGAUGAUGGCGUCAUAACAGCAAACUCCAAGGAAAGUGACGUGGAAGACAGUGCUGAGAAAUCUAACGCUGACAAACCAGAGAAGACUGAUGCUGAGAAUGGCAAUGACACUGAGGGGACUGGUGUAAAUGGAGACCAAAAUAUGCAGGAUGACCAGACACCAAAUGCUGCAGGUGACGGCAGCGCACAGAAUGGUGCUGCUGCGACUGAUGAAGGCAAGGCUGAGAGUAGUGCUGAUGCGAAAGAUGAAGUGAAAAAGCCUGAUCCAGAUUUGGAGAUAAAGCCAGGAGACAAUGGGAAGAAAGCAGAUAAGGGAGAAGGGGAUAAAGUGGAAGUGGUGGAGAAAGAUGGAGAUGAAGGAGAAGAGACCAAGGAAGAUAAGAAAACAAAAACUGCAAAAGAGGAAACAGAUGCUGUAAAGGGUAAAGAAGAGAAAAAAGGCGUCAGUACAGAAGGGACCACUGCAGAGAGUAAAGAAAAACCUGGUACGGAAGCUUCACCCCCUAAAAAUCUACGAAAAAGGAAGUCUGUUUCCAAUGGUUACAUAGACGCUGAAACAUCAGACGAUGAAGAUUACAAAGACAUGAUCAUCGAAAAGAAGCCUAAGAAGGAGGAACCCCCCAAGGUGGCCACUGAGAGAUCUGUGAGUGUUCCAGCAGCUGCUCUCAAACCUGCCUCACAGGUAGUGCCCCUUGCUUACAAUGUCGGUCAGCCUCUGUCCCUGCUUGGAGCCAGUAUAUUACCCAGCCAACAGACAACUGUUCGGAUGGUAAUCCCCUCUGUACAAAAUGCCCUCCUUACACAAAGUGGUGGAUCAGUCAUCCUUUCCCAGCCACAGACAUCUUUUCAGGGUCUGACUCUCAACUCUGGGGUUGUUCUUUACCCCCAGCUGCAGGCAGGGUCUACGUCUGCCGUCAUGUCCACUAUGAUCACCUCUGGAGCACAGAAAGGCAGCAUUAAAACAACCCCGGGUAUAUCAAUUGUUGGGGUCACAAAUUCUAAGAAGUCAGGAGCUGUGACGUCAGUGACUUCUUCCAAACAGUUGAACAAGGUCGAUAAGGUUGAUCUACGUCCACCCAGUAAUAGCUUCGAGAUGAUUGAACUUGUCAAGUGGGAACUGAAACAAGGUAUCUAUCACAGACCCAAGAACUUCAAGCUGAAACCUGAUUCUGAGCUAGGCGCUGUUGCUAAAUUUCUGAGAGAUUUUGGACAGGAUCUUGUGAAGGAGUCAGUUUAUAGUGACUUGGUAAGAAUUCAGAAUAAGAGGAGCAACCAAGGUAAGCUCACUGAUAAAGAGAAGCAAGAUUUCCAUAAAUUGAAAUCAGUUCAUGUAGAACUUAAGGACAAGGUUGGGCCUGUGAAACUUUCAUUGUCAAAGAAGUGCAAAUGUGGAUUUCAGACAGAAUCUGAAAAUGUGAUGUUCUGGCACAAGCAACAUCCACACAUGACAGAGAAUGACUUGCGUUGUGCUCACUGUGAAUUUGAAACCCGCAACAGCUCGGCCUUCACUUUCCACAUGGAGGCUGAACAUAGCACAAAGGCUCGAUUUUUAGAGAAACCACCUUUCUGGGAGUGCAAUCUCUGUCCAUAUGAAAACAACUUGCGAAACAAGCUUACACAACACAAGUUUAGAUGUAUCAAGACUUUCAAACUGAACUUGAAUCUCCACCCGUCAUGGAUGCCUGGCCCAGAGAUUAAUUAUUGCCUGGAGAAAACAUUCUAUAAGAACCCAUUGCUGAUGAACAUAAAUCGCCUACAGCAACAACAACAGCAGCAGCAGCAGCAACAACAGAAUCAGCAGCAGCAACGAGCUGUCACCCCAAUUAUGCCAAAGGGUCAGGUGGUACAAAGUGGUAACCAGGUGGUCAAGACCAUUCCAUACGGUCAGAUGAACAAAGGUCCCGUGGUCAAUACUCAGGCUUUCAAGAAUCCUGCUCUGCUGGCAAAACUUGGACAAGGACAGGCUCGGACAGCGUUCCAGGCUCGAGGAACUUUAGCUCCAAAUGUGAACUUAUUCAGGGGUCAGAAUGCCCAACAGUUUGCUGUGAAAGGUAAAACUAAUGUUACAUACGUCAGACCCCCAACCACCAAUGUUUCUAAUAAAAUCAACAACAUCAUCAGCAUGAAUACCCAUGUCUUGGACAAGGGUUCUUCUGCAUCAAAACCAAAUUCUGGAUUUGAAGUUUGUGAGAUCUGCGGUGGCUAUGUGAAGGAUCGGACAGCUUUGAGAAUCCACUUCUUCUAUGCUCAUCGGAUUGAUAUGCCACAUGGUGUGUUUGACCGUGUCCACCCUCCAUUGUACUGUGCCACGUGCUUCGCUCGCUUCUGGACAGCACAAGGUCUGCAGAAGCAUCUUGAUGUGCACAAAGAAGAUUCAUCCGGAGGAGUUGCUGGCAAAUGCAUCGUCUGUCUACAUAGAGUACCCAACAUACUAAUGCAUAUGAAGAUCGUGCACAACAAAGCCUUCGUCAACUUCCUAAGAGAAUGCAAGUGCAUUUUCUGUGGAACUAAAUGCAGCAACAAAAGUGUUGUGGAGAGCCAUAUGGCAGCAGUGCAUGGGGUCGUGGUUAAGUCCGGUUCUCAGCCUGAUGCUGCAGCCCAUGCUCCACCACAUGCUCCACCACAAGCCAGGCAAAAGCCUGCCAACCCCAAGACAACUCCCAAGAGUGGCAAGAAUGAUAACCAGCUGGUCAAAGGAAGUGUUUGUGUGCUAUGUAACCUCAACUUUGGCCGCAAUGUCGACUUGACCCGUCACUGCAUGCGCGUUCACCACACCUGCAUGAAAUGUGGCAUGGUUGUAGCCGACAAGGAGUCCCUGCUGCGACACACCUGCCUCGAGUCUCCAUCAGGACUAAGAAACUGUGAGAUUUGUAAAGAGAAGGGUUUCCAUCCAGCUUACCAUGUCAAACACAUUCGAGAUAAACAUCUUCGCAAGCUGUCCAUCAAGUUGAAAAGGUUGGAUGAAAAGAUAACGGCAAAGUUUAUCAAGAAGCCCAUCAGUGCCAAACCGCAGAAGAUGCCAGCAGAAACUAUUGAACUGUCUGAUGAUGAUGAGCCUGCGACCAAGAGGAUGAAGACGGACCAAGGAGAUAAGGCUACAGCUACGUCUAAAGUUAAGACAAAGAAAUACAGAAGUGCUGCCCCAAAAGCUGUAGCGGUUGUUGAGGAUGUUGUGAUGCUGAGUGAUGACGAUGAGGAUGAAAAGAAGGGGAGAAAGGCAGACAAGAAAAAGUCCGCAGAUGACAAGGUUGAUAAAAGUAAGGAAAGUGAAAAAGAGAACAAUUCCAAUGAAAGUAAAGUCACAUCGGAAGGAGAUGAAAAAUCGUCAACAGAGAAGGCAGAAAAUGAUUCUGCAUCUGACAAAAAGGAAAGUAAAUCGGAGAAGGGAGAAAGUACAGCAACAUCUGACGAUAAGACACAAGCUAGUAAAAGUGACGACAAAGAAAGUGAGAGUAAGGACUCUGCAGGUGAUAAGAAAAAGGGGGACGCGGGUAAGGACUAAUGUCGUCCAUGGGUCUGGCCAGCCAAGACACCCAGACCUUUGUACAAACGUACACAUAUUUAAAACUACCAUGUCUUGUGUUGGUGGUGAUGUUAUGGUUACUGUAUUCUUGAAAUGGAGAAAAAUCAAAUGUUUUUGAACUGGUCAAACAAUUGUAUCUUCGCUGACAAAUGCAUUUAUCUCUCAUGUUUGUUCAGCUUCCUGUUAAUUGUUUGGAUUCUUUUUCUCAACAUUACACAUACUUAUUUGUUUGAAUGUGGGAUCAAGAAUGUCAUACAGAUUAUCUCUUGUGAUUUCAUUAAACUGCUGCCUUAAGACGAUGACAUAGAUCUGCAUAAUACAAUAUUUGAUGAAAAAUAACAUAAGAUCAUAGAAGUUACAUUAGGGUAGACCGAAACUUUUGACACUUUUUUUCUGUUAUGUUUUGUAUGAAUAACUGAAAGACAUCAUUGCCAGGGUGUAACUGAACUACUUUAAUCAUGUUGAUCUGCUGUUUGGUUGCAAGGAAUUCUUUAACUGGGGGUGAAACGGUAUGCUCUUAGCACGGUACAGUACAUAUUGUAAACGCAGUGUAUGAAAUAAGGCCUGUCCGACCGCCUGAGACGGGCUAGAUUUCUGCCAUACGGUCUAAUUUUACAGCUAGCCAGCCCGAUAGACAGGUGAAAUUUUUUUAUUCAGAUAACCUGUCCACUGGCACUGUCUCUUUAGUAUUUGAGAAGGAUGAGUUAAAUCUCUUUUGGGCUGGUAGGUUUUUGAAGUUACCAGCCGAGAUGUCAGGCUGGGUUUUUGGCUUAUUUCAUACACUGGUAAAAGGCCUUCACUUGGGUCCGUUUCGGUUUGGUAUAUGAUAUAUGGUCAUAAUACAGAAAAUUGACAAGAGCCAAACCCUACAUAAUCUUUAUUUUGAAUGAACAAAACUGUCAUUUUAUGACUAGAUAGAAAUGACGGUACAAAAAUCGAACAUACCUAAUUUUUUAAUUGCAUUACGGGAAACCAAACCGAAGAUAAAAUACAGCAGUUCUUCUAAUAACAACUCGGUAUACCAUUUCGCCCUUAUCUUUAACUCAGUAUGUAUUAGAUAGCCUCCAAGCUGUUAGAGCAGAUGUUAUCAUUCAUGCAUGUAAUCCACACGUGUAGGGUGUCUUAGACAAUGGUCAUUGAGGCUUCAAAUGGAGAUCGGUCUCGGGGAUUUCAAGUGUGCAAGAGGCAGUUCUAGAAGUCAAAUAAGAAUAAACACAGAACUCAACUGAUGUCAACUUCUACAGGGAAAUAUAUAGGCCAACAGGACAUAGUCUAUUAAUCUUUGGGCAGGGAUGGUAUUUGGUUUUGAGUUACUGAAUUAGCAAUGGCAUUUUUUUUACGAGUGCUGAAGAAAGGUUAUUUAAUCAUUCAAAACUGGCUUCUACAGGAUAUCACUGCAAUACAAUGCUUUGUGGCCCACUGUGAUGUCACAAUGGGAUGACAGGCUCGUGUUUGGUUUCACUGGGACACUCUGGACUUGCCUCCCAAGUGAAGUGACAUGCCAGGUCCUAACAUGACACUGUUCAACAAUUUGUGAAAACCCUGCAGUUUUUGAAAUGUUACAGUUCACAUCUGCAUACACAAAAUUUGGCAUCAGUAUGUACAAACCAGGAAAUGAAUGAGACAGGUGGCAGUUAUUGUUUGGACAAGUAGUUCAUUAUUAUUGUAUCAUUAUUUUGGGAAGUGUUGAAAACGGUUAUUUGAUAGUUCAAACAUGGCUUUCAUAGGAUAUGGAGCUGCUUCACAAUGCUUUGUAGCCCAUUGUGAUGUCACAAUAAAAUGACAUGGGUGAUCACUCUUUCACUGAAGCUGGU